UAAUACAUACCCAACUCUCACACUUCCAAAUUUCCAAUUACCUCUCGCCAAACACCCCCCAGACUCCACGCAAGAGCUUUUGGACAUCACAAGCUAUAUAAUAAGGCAUCAAUAAAAACGGAUCCCCAAUUUUCUAGGUUUACCGAUUCGAUUUUCCCCUAAUCCGAACCUUAAAUUAGGGUUUAUUCAUCAAUCAGCGUAGAACAAUGCCUCAAAGACAUUCAAAGAACAAUAACGAUCUAGCAUUCUUCACUUACGAUGAAAAGCGGAAGCUAGGGUAUGGAACUCAGAAGGAGAGAUUAGGGAAAGACUCCAUAAAACCUUUUGAUGCUUGUUGCCUCUGCUUAAAGCCAGUAAUUGAUCCUCUCUGUUGCCCUAAAGGUCACGUCUUUUGCAAAGAAUGCAUCCUCGAGUGUUUACUUUCUCAAAAGAAGGAUAUUCAAAGAAAAUUAGCUGCACAUGCUGCUCAUAAGGUGCACGAGAAAGAAGAGGAAGAAGAGAAAUUGAAGCUUCAAAAGGCUAGGGAACUUGAGGCGUUUGAUCAGCAAAAUCAUGGUGCAGUGCCGUAUCACAGUGACAAGAGUUAUUCGCAUGACAAAAAUGGUUUCCAAGGUGCAAACAGUGUAAAGGCUACUUCUUUUGAAGAGGAAGCCUUGAGAACCAUGAAAGCUUUCUGGCUUCCUUCUGCCACUCCAGAAGCACCUGUGAAAGUAGAUGCUCCGUCUACAAGUACAACUUGUCCAGAGGGAAGGGAGAAGCUUAAAUUGAAAUCCCUAUUCCCCAUAUCUUUUACUGAAGAAAAUGGCGAGGGAAACAAAUCCAAGAUUUAUGAUAAAAAAUACAUUUGCCCUAGCUGCAAGGUUACACUGACCAAUGCAAUGUCACUUGUGGCUCUGAGCUCAUGUAGUCAUGUAUUCUGCAAGAAAUGCGCCGACAAGUUUAUGGCUGUUGACAAGGUUUGCCUUGUUUGCGAUAAGCCGUGUAAAGAGAAAAAUCUAGUAUGUUUGAAGAAGGGAGGUACCGGUUUUGCUGGUCAUGAUGAACAUUUGGAAGCAACAGAUUUCAAACAUUUAGGAAGCGGUUCAGGAUUAGGGCUAGUAAGGCCUGCUCAGAAGGUCUAAGUUAAGAUUUUAUAUAUCUGUAAUAUACCUAUUACCCAGAAACUUGUACUACCUGCAGUUUCCGAUGUUCAUUGACAUUUUUCUUGUUUUCAGUCAGUUAUUUGCAAGCUUUCUCUGGCUUUUCGUAUUUGCUUUCAAGUUACGACUGUGUACUGUAUAAACUUUGUGAACAAAACAAGUGUGUAGUUCUUAUUUCAUAAUUUAUCAUGAUUAUGCUCCAUAUACAAAAAAGACGAGCAAGAUUUUGUGUA